AGACAGUAAACUUUGCGUGAUUGUGGCUGAGACGCUUUAUGAGCUCACCUUGGCAGUCGCGUCAACGUACCUUCUCCUAAAAUCUCCAACAUCUCCCCUUGUGGCGGCGGAGAAUCCCCCCCCUCAGGAGAGAACGGGUCUGCAUCCUCUGGAGCUGUUCAUGCCGGAUAAAGUUUGUGAGCGGCGUGGUAGAGGAGAGAGGAUAAAGAUUCGACUGCACACCUUUCGAUAAACUUUACUGGGAAGUCGCUCGUCGCCUCCAAAUUGACAUGGGAACCUUGCGCGAUCUCCAGUACGCGCUCCAGGAGAAGAUUGAGGAGCUGCGCCAGAGGGACGCGCUCAUAGACGAACUGGAACUGGAGCUCGACCAGAAGGACGAGCUUAUACAGAGGUUACAGAACGAGCUGGACAAAUACCGAUCCGUUAUCAAACCGGCAACCCAGCAGGUCCAGAAGCAGACUGAGCUGCAAGAGCAGCAGCGGACGAAGAGGCAGGCAAUCUCGGCCGAACCAACUGCCUUCGACAUCCAGGAUCUUAGCCAUGUCACCCUACCUUUUUACCCCAAAAGCCCACAGUCCAAGGAUCUGAUCAAGGAGGCCAUCUUGGACAAUGACUUCAUGAAGAACCUGGAGCUGUCGCAGAUCCAGGAGAUCGUGGACUGCAUGUACCCUGUGGAGUAUGGAAAGGACAGCUGCAUCAUUAAGGAGGGCGAUGUGGGCUCGCUGGUCUACGUCAUGGAAGACGGGAAGGUGGAAGUGACAAAGGAGAGCCUGAAGCUGUGCACCAUGGGCCCAGGGAAGGUGUUUGGAGAGCUGGCUAUUCUCUACAACUGCACCAGGACCGCCACUGUCAAGACUCUAACAAAUGUGAAGCUGUGGGCCAUUGACCGACAAUGUUUUCAGACGAUCAUGAUGAGGACGGGUCUCAUCAAGCACACAGAGUAUAUGGAGUUUCUGAAAAGCGUUCCCACAUUCCACGGCCUGCAGGAAGAUAUUCUGAGCAAGCUUGCUGAUGUCCUUGAGGAGACGCAUUAUGAAGAUGGAGAGUACAUCAUCAGACAAGGGGCCAGAGGAGACACCUUCUUCAUCAUCAGUAAAGGAAAGGUUAAUGUGACCAGGGAAGACUUGCCCAAUGGAGAGCCUGUCUACCUCCGCAGCCUCGGAAAAGGAGACUGGUUUGGAGAGAAAGCAUUGCAAGGGGAGGACAUCAGGACAGCCAGCGUCAUUGCAGCAGAGGCAGUUACCUGUCUAGUCAUCGAUCGAGAUUCAUUCAAGCACCUGAUUGGAGGUUUGGAGGAUGUGUCCAGUAAAGGUCACGAGGACGCUGACGCCAAAGCCAAGUACGAAGCAGAGAAUGCGUUUUUCUUCAAUCUCAACCUGGCUGACUUCAACAUCAUCGACACUCUGGGUGUUGGUGGCUUUGGACGUGUAGAGCUGGUUCAGCUCAAGAGCGAUGAGAACAAAACCUUCGCCAUGAAGAUCCUGAAGAAGCGACACAUUGUUGACACGAGACAGCAGGAGCACAUUCGUUCAGAGAAGCUCAUCAUGCAAGAAGCCCACUCUGACUUCAUUGUUAGACUUUAUAGAACCUUCAAGGACAGCAAGUACCUCUACAUGUUGAUGGAAGCCUGUUUAGGAGGAGAACUGUGGACCAUCCUUCGAGACCGGGGUUCAUUUGAGGACUCAACCACCAGGUUUUACACAGCCUGCGUGGUGGAGGCUUUCGCUUACCUGCAUUCCAAAGGUAUCAUCUACAGAGACCUUAAACCAGAGAACCUUAUAUUGGACCACAGGGGUUACGCCAAACUGGUGGACUUUGGCUUUGCCAAAAAGAUCGGGUUUGGGAAGAAAACGUGGACCUUCUGUGGGACACCGGAGUAUGUAGCACCAGAGAUCAUUCUCAACAAAGGCCAUGACAUCUCAGCCGACUACUGGUCCCUAGGAAUCCUCAUGUUUGAGCUCUUAACUGGCAGUCCUCCAUUCUCUGGCCCCGAUCCCAUGAAAACCUACAAUAUCAUCCUGAGAGGCAUCGACAUGAUUGAAUUUCCAAAGAAAAUUACCAAAAAUGCUGCCAACCUUAUCAAAAAGCUAUGCAGGGAUAAUCCUUCUGAAAGACUGGGAAACUUGAAAAACGGUGUCAAAGACAUCCAAAAGCACAAAUGGUUUGAGGGCUUUAACUGGGAGGGUUUGAAGAAGGGGACAUUGACGCCUCCUAUUAUCCCUAAUGUCACAUCAGCAGUCGACACGAGUAACUUCGACAGCUUCCCAGAGGACAACGAGGACCCACCUCCCGACGACAACUCCGGCUGGGACGUUGAUUUUUGAAGUCCUCCUCUCACCUUAAAACCAAAAGAAACUCUUCUUUUGUUGGCUUUUUGAUGGCUUGGAGGCCAUCUUGGAGGACAUGGCUAUGUUGUAAAAAAGAAAAAAGAAAAAAAAAAAACUGCGUUAAAAAUGAAAGAGAGGAUAUGGAAGAGAAGAUAAACAGUUGGAUGGCAAACCCUCUGGGUCACCGAUAUGCCUUUAUUUCACUGUGGCUCUGGAUCAAGCAUUUACAAUGGGACUGCUGUAGCACUUCUUCGGUGUUGUCUUACGCUAAGGUCUGAAGGCAAAGGCAAAGAAAGUGCAGGGAUACACUUACACACAUACACAAUACAACAGAGGCUGAUAAUGGAGCCAGGUUUUCCCAUGUAACAGGGAAAGACGCUUAGUGGAUGGAUGGAUGUUUGAUAGUUUGUCUAAGAUGUGGUUCCAGGAUAAAUAAGAGUGUGAAUCUGUGGAGGUCUACUCAAAAAGGGAGGAGGCUGAUGAUUGAUUUCUUUCUAGGUUUGCUUCUCUGCAAUAUUUGGUGAAAUAUUGGGUAGACUUUGAUGGGAGGGGAUAAGAUGUUACUGCAGUUGCUCCUUGGUUUUCAACAUGCAGCUGCUUGCCGCAGUCUGCGAUACUUUCUAGAGAUCUCCACACUACAGUUUGCAAGAUAAACUGGUAUCAAGUGCUCAAGACUAACCUGAAUGUCAGUUUUUCUUCUUAUCUAACAUACGAACGGCAUACAGUGGUGUAUGGUACAUAGUAUUUGAAUUUACAAGUUACAGCGUCACACAUGAACACAACUGGGCUAAAAUCAAAUACUUAGUACGCUUUGUGUAAGAUUAAUCUACCUUGAAAAGCACAAACACUGUGCAUUCAGUGGAAAGAGACGUGACUCUUAAAGUGCCCUGCUUAAAAUUUAAUGAAUCACACACCGGCACACAUGAAAUGUCAGCUAGUAUUUCCAUGAAGCAAUGUGUCAUUAUGCACUUAAGACCAUUAACUGAGAAAAUCAGCAGUUAUAGCUCAUUUUAAGCUUCAGUAGACGUCACACUGUUGUUGUUUUUUUUGGGGGGGUUCUUUAAAAUGCUUUUAUUCACUCAUAUGAAUGCCUCUCUGCCUACAUUCUUCUUCAGUUGAAAUCACCCAAAUGCCUCUUCUUGUUCACCCAAACCGGACGUCCUCUGUUCGCUCUUGUAUAGUGCUGACAUAACUGUGAACAUGGUUUCAAUGUCUUUGGUGCUGUUGAUAAAUUAUAAUAAGCGAUGUUGAGAUGACAGUACUGGUUAUUGUUUUUGUAUCGUGAUUUUAUUUUGUGCUUGAUUACUUUGUAUUGUACUUGACGUCACUCUUUAGAAAAUUGGAGACUUGUGUACGUUUGUAGACUUGAGUGACAAUUUGUUUGAUAUCACUUGAUGCCAUGCUACAUCGUGCUAAGUGGUAUUCUCAAGGUUUUUAAAAAGGUUUAACCGUGUUACGUUCAUCCGUAUAAAUUCACCGUUCUGUUGGUUGUUUUUUUAGAGCUGAAAUUGACCACAAUCACGUUAUCUCAAGACUAUCCUGACUUAACAUCUUAUGGAAAAAGUUAAUAUGUCUCCUACAGACAAACAGCGGACGAAAAACAGAUUAUAUUUUGCGAAAACUCACAACUUUCGACCACUAGCGCCACGGUAUCUCAACCAUCACCCAACUCAUCACCUCUCGCAUCCCAAAAUCUGAUCAUGAAAUCAAAAGGAAAGUAAGUGCCUUAAGUCAAUGGCAUACGAAAUUAACAUCACAAGACCUUUUCAAUGCUGCAUGAACACAUAUACACCUCAAAAAACUUAUGUGUCCUCUUAGAUGGCUGCUUUUCAUCCUUUGUUAUAUCCAAUAAAUACAUUAAUCACCAUGGAAGGAGAAUUUCUAGUCAUUUGAUGGCUGACAAAAGUGUAUAUGAAGUAAAUUUCCUGCUUACGCCUUUGAUUUAUCUCACAGGAACAUUUAGUAACAGUAAAAAUGAUUCUCUCAUCCCUGAUAAGGCUGCAAUGACAUGCUUUUCUCUACAUAUCUAAUGUGAUCUGAUGAAUUCAACCACUACUGGCCUGAUAUUAAACACCAGUGAGCAUUAAUCUCAGCUCAGAAGGACCAUCCAUCACCUGUUAGAGUCAUUGACAUCUGAGCAUUUAGAGACGGCAAGAAUGAUUUGCAGUUUUGAGCGGUUCACAAAAAAAACAAUCCUCUUGUUUACCACUGUUGACAAUCUUUAAUGGUAUGAUAGCGUUAAUGCAUAAUGAGUCACAUUCGCAUUUGAUUAGAUGAAGUCAUAUUUCACCCCAUGCAGUCGAGCAGACUGACGCAUUUACAUCCAAAUUUACAGAAAUCUCUUGAUGGAAAGCUAAAAACAAACAAAAAAAAAGAGAAGAAAUCUUUAUUCUGUAGAUACAACAUAAGUAUUUUACUGUGUUAACGGCAGGUUAUGUUUAUCACAAAGCCUUAUGGAUGUCAUCACUUUCCAAACCACUGGUUUUGAGUUUUUCUAUGGACUGCCUUCUGCAAAGUUACCUGAUAUUUGCCUUGUGUUAUGUUGUUUUUUCUGCUGUAAAUUCAUUUUGCAGAGUGCCACGUGUAAGAUUUUUAAAAUUAUAGAGUAAAAAACAAUACUUUUGA